AGCAACGACACAUGGACUUUUGUCUAACCUCAAUAUUAAGAGUGGUUUGUUUGGUUUAACUAAGUUCGUUUCUUUAUUAAUUAUCCACAGAGAAAGUGUUAAGAAUAAUUUUAACUAUACGGAUUGAUUUAUAUAAUAUCAGUUAUAUUUUAGAACUCUAAUUAAACAUCGUUAUGGGGAAAAUAUCGAAGAUGAAGAGUCAAAAGGCAGACAUAGAUCUUGAAAUGGAAGAAUACGAGCCGUCGGAGUCUGACGAUGAUUAUAAUGACAAUGAGAAACUGAUGUUGCAGAAAGCAGCUAAGAGACGUUCCAAAAUUGAUGAUGAUGAUGAAGAAGAAUCUGAAGAAGAAGUAUUUGGUAUACAUGAGUCGGAUGAUGAAGAUGACGAUGGUGAAAUGGAGGAACCAGUUGGUGAUGAGAUGGACAGUGACAUCGAGGGGAAGGAUGAAGACAACUUACCAGAUUCUAAAGCUUGGGGCUCCAAAAAGAAAAGUUACUACAACACAGAUUAUGUGGAUCAGGAUUAUGGAGGGUUUUCUAAGGCUGAAGAAGAAGAAGCUGCAUUGUUAGAAGAAGAAGAGGCUCGGGCAAUUCAAACUCGGUUGAUAGCUGAAUUAGAUGACACAGAUUUUUCUUUUGGUACCCUGCUUCCUAAAGGCUCUGACAAACAAGUGGAAGAUUCUGUUUUAGAAGAUGAUAAUGAAGUGAUCAAAACUGAUCUCAGUAAAUUGAGCAAACGAGAAAAGAUUGCUCUUUUGGAGAAAGAAUCACCUGAAUUCAUGGGCUUAAUCGCUGAUUUUAAAGAGAGAAUGACCUAUGCAAGAGACUAUUUACAACCUAUUCUGGAUUUGGUGAAAGCUGGGGAGAUUCCUGACUGUCCUGCUGUUAAAUUUGUGUGUACAAAGUUCCACCUAACUUUAAACUACUGCACAAACAUAUCGUUUUACCUCCUUUUGAAGAGCAAGAGAGUGAGAGUUGUAAAUCAUCCUGUAAUUAAAAGACUUGUUCAGUUCCGCAAAUUGUUGGAAGAAAUGGACCCCAUUGAUCAGCAAAUUAUUAAUCCACAGGUGAAAGAGAUUCUGGAAAUUAAACAAAAAGGAGACAAAUUAAUUAUAAUUGAGCCGGAAAUUCCCAAACUUCCAGUUCUAACAGGCAACAGGGCUGAGCGAAGGAAAAAGCUGCAAGAGUUGUUGAAAAAUGAAGAAGACACGAGUAGGAUUAAAACAUCAGAAGGUGUAAGUUUUGAAGAUAUACAGAUGCAGGACAACUUGGAUGAAAGUGGCAGUGAAGAACCUGAAGCAGAAAGUGAGACAGAAAAACGAGGCAUUACCUUUGAAAUUGCCAAGAACAAAGGGCUAACUCCAAAACGUAAAAAGGAGAAUAGAAAUCCCAGAGUCAAGAAUAAAAACAAGUUCCGUAAAGCAACUGUUCGAAGGAAAGGUCAAGUGCGAGGAGUAUAUAAGGAAAUCUCACGUUAUGGUGGUGAACCUUUUGGUAUUAAAGCAAGUGUUAGCAAGAGCAUAAAACUAAAAUAAAUGUUUAUAUAUUAUGA